AUGUCUGGCCUCUUUGGGAGCGCUUCUUCCACAGCCGCAGCCACAAGCACCACAGGCGAUACUUCAAAAGAUGUCGCACUCGUCACACCUCCAGAAGACACCAUCUCGGACCUUCAGUUCUCUCCGACAGGAGACUUCCUAGCGGUUGCAUCAUGGGAUAAGAAAGUCAGGAUAUAUCAGGUCGGCGAAAAUGGCCAAAGCGAAGGGAAAUUCUCGAUGGACUUCGAUGGCCCGGUUCUGAGCUGCGCAUGGUCUGCUGAUGGCUCGAAGGUCGCAGGCGCUGGCACCGACAAGAGUUUCCGGAUCCUGGACCCUGCUUCGGGCAAUAUGACCCCUCAAACCCUCAUCGCUCAUGAGCAACCUAUUCGAUCAUGUCGCUUCGCAGAUGUCAAUAGCCAACAAAUCCUUAUCACUGGAUCCUGGGACAAGACAGUCAAAUAUUGGGACCUGCGGCAACAAAAUCCAGUCGCUACACUGCAAUGUCAAGAACGGGUAUACACAAUGGACGUCAAAAACAAACUCCUGGUCAUCGGUACUGCGGAUAGGUACAUCAACAUCGUCGACCUGAACUCUCCCGAGAAGUUCUACAAGUCCAUGCAAUCACCCUUGAAAUAUCAAACCAGAGUCGUAUCGUGCUUCACUGAUGCAACGGGCUUCGCUGUCGGUAGUGUCGAAGGGCGAUGUGCCAUUCAAUAUGUCGAAGAAAAGGACUCGACCAACAAUUUCAGCUUCAAGUGCCACCGUGACACACCAUCCACGACUGGCCCGAAUCAAAAUGUGGCCAAUGUUUACAGCGUAAACGCAAUCUCCUUCCACCCCAUCCAUGGCACCUUUUCCACUGCUGGUAGUGACGGCACGUUUCAUUUCUGGGAUGGCAAUGCCAAGCACAGAUUGAAGGGCUACCCAGCAGUCGGAGGACCCAUCACCGCGACCGCGUUUAAUAGACAAGGCACGGUGUUUGCAUAUGCGGUUGGCUACGACUGGAGUCAAGGAUAUCAGAAAAAUACUCCACAGAAUGUCAGCAAAGUGAUAUUGCAUGGCGUGCAGCCUGAGGAAGUCAAGCCGAAACCCGGAGGAAAGAAGAGAUAA